UCUUCUCUUUCCCAAGAAAGCUCCAAAGAGAGAGUGAUCUCAGAUUCAAUUCAACAAUGGCGGAAGAAUCUAAAGCUAAAGGAAACGCUUCUUUCUCUUCCGGUGACUUCACCUCCGCUAUACUUCACUUCACCGAAGCCAUUAAUCUUUCUCCAACCGAUCACGUCCUCUACUCUAACCGUUCCGCUGCUCACGCUUCACUUCACCACUACGCCGAUGCUCUCUCCGACGCGAAUGAGACGAUUAAACUCAAACCGUACUGGCCUGAAGGUUAUAGCCGUCUCGGAGCUGCUCACUUAGGGUUAAACCAAUUCGAUUUGGCUGUAACGGCUUACAAGAAGGGUUUAGAUAUCGAUCCGACCGACGAGGAGUUGAAAUCGGGAUUGGCUGACGCGGAGGCUUCUGUUUCUAGGUCAAAAUCUGCUCCUCCGCCGAAUCCGUUUGGUGAUGCUUUCAAAGGACCGGAGAUGUGGAGUAAGCUCACGGCUGAUCCUUCGACUAGAGCCUUUUUGCAGCAGCCUGAUUUUGUUGGCAUGAUGCAGGAGAUUCAGAAGAACCCUAGCAAUCUCAAUUUGUAUUUGAAGGAUCAGAGAGUGAUGCCAUCUCUUGGAGUUUUAUCGAAUGUUAAUUUCAGGCCGCCACCGCCGAAUCCUCCGGGAGAUGACUCGGAGUCGGAGGUUCUUCACUCUUAUAUGGGUCAGAGUUCUAGGAAAGUGCCUGGGGUUAAGAAGAAGCGAGAACCUGAGCCGUUGGUGACGGAAGAGAAGGAGAAGAAAGAGAGGAAGGAGAGAGCCAAAAAGGAGAACGAGCUUGGGAAUGCUGCGUUCACGAAGAAAGAAUUCGCAGUUGCCAUUGAGCAUUAUUGUAAAGCUAUUGAGAUUGAUGAUGAAGAUAUCUCAUAUAUCACAAAUCGUGCUGCUGUUUAUCUUGAAUUGGGAGAGUACGAUGAGUGCAUUAAAGAUUGUGACGAGGCAGUGGGAAGGGGUAGAGAGCUUAGUUUAGAUUACAAGAUGGUAGCUAAAGCUUUGACUAGGAAAGGGACUGCUUUGACCAAGAUGGUGAAUUGCUCGAAAGAUUAUGAACCUGCUAUUGAAGCUUUCCAGAAAGCUCUUACAGAGUAUCGAAACUCUGAUACAUUGGAGAGACUGUACAAGGCAGAACGAGCGAAGAAAGAGUGGGAGCAGAAGGAGUAUUUCGAUCCCAAGAUCGGGGAUGAAGAGCGUGAAAAAGGUAAUGAUUUUUUCAAGGAGCAGAAGUAUCCUGAUGCUAUAUUACAUUACACUGAAGCAAUCAAAAGGAACCCGAAAGACCCAAAAGGAUAUAGCAACCGAGCUGCGUGUUACAUUAAGCUAGGUGCAAUGGCUGAUGGACAAAAGGAUGCAGAAAAGUGUAUUGAGAUUGAUCCAACCUUCUCUGAAGGAUACAGCAGAAAAGCUGCAGUUCAAUUCUUCUUGAAAGAGUAUCAGGAUGCGAUGAAAACAUACCAACAGGGUCUCAAGCAUGAUCCGAAUAAUCAGGAACUUCUCGACGGUGUUAGUAGAUGUGUGCAACAGAUUAACAAUGCUAAUCGAGGUGACCUUACCCCUGUGGAAUUGAAAGAGAGACAGGCCAAGGCAAUGCAAGACCCAGAAAUCCAGAACAUUCUCACAGAUUCUGUAAUGAGACAGGUACUGACCGAUGUUCAAGAGAACUCGAGCGCAGCACAGAGACAUAUGCAAAAUCCAAUGGUUAUGAACAAGAUUCAAAAACUUAUUAGCGCUGGGAUCGUCCAGAUGAAAUAGACUCGGAAUAGUUGAAACAUUGAAAAUAUCCGUUUUUGUACAUUCAUUUGUUGCUCUUAUUAUAUCUUUGCAAUGUGCAACAAUUCCAAAUUAGUAAAAUUGCAAUCAUAUUUUCAAACUGUUCUGAUA